CGCGGCGCGGGAGCUUCGCCUCCUCGGCCGCUCCGCCGCUCGCGGCCGGCGGCAGCGGCACCUGCUCAGGAAAGAUAAUUUCGGCAGGGGCCAUUUGCAUAAGGCCGGGGAAGAGGCAACGAGGGGGAGAAAAGCCGCGUGCAGCCGAGCGCGGCGCUGCUCGGACGCGAUAACCUUAUCGAAACGGUGCCGGGGCCUCGCCGCUCCGGAGAGUUCCCCCUCUUCCCGGGUUCGCCAAGGCUUUCGGAGCUGCGCGACGGCUCCCGGGAGCUGAGCGGCGUUGGGUUGCAGGGGAUUUAACGAGCUUUGCUGUAGCUAGGCAAAGAAACGGCACCUCGGAGCCGCGGGGAAAUAGCCGGAGCCGCGGCCGAGCGUAUUCCCGCCUCCGGAGCAGGGAGUUUAGAGGCGUUCAAAACAUCCCCGGAAGGAAUCGCGCGCGUGCGUGGGAGGGAUUUAGCCGUAAGGGGAGAUUUCAGACGCCGGAAACGCGGCUCGGAGCGGAAGGGAACGAACCGUCCCGGGGACGGGGCCGUUGCGACCGAGCGAGCCGGGACGUCGGCCGCGGAGCCGUUGCGCUCAUGUUCCUCCUGGGCGUUCUGGAUUUCCUCUUCGUCAGCCACGCUUACCACAGCAUCCUCACGCGCGGAGCCUCGGUCCAGCUCGUGUUCGGCUUCGAGUACGCCAUCCUCCUGACCAUGGUGCUGACCGUCUUCAUCAAGUACGUGCUGCACUCCGUCGACCUGCAGAACGAGAACCCCUGGGACAGCAAAGCCGUCUACAUGCUCUACACGGAGCUCUUCACGGGCUUCAUCAAAGUCCUGCUCUACAUGGCCUUCAUGACCAUCAUGAUCAAAGUUCACACCUUCCCGCUCUUCGCCAUCCGCCCCAUGUACCUGGCGAUGAGGCAGUUUAAGAAAGCGGUGACGGACGCUAUCAUGUCGCGCCGGGCCAUUCGCAACAUGAACACGCUCUACCCCGACGCCACCGCGGAGGAGCUGCAGGCCGUGGACAACGUCUGCAUCAUCUGCCGCGAGGAGAUGGUGACGGGCGCCAAGCGUUUGCCCUGCAACCACAUUUUCCACACCAGCUGCCUGCGGUCGUGGUUCCAGCGCCAGCAGACGUGUCCCACCUGCCGCAUGGACGUGCUACGCGCUUCCCUCCCGGCGCAGCCGCCGGCGCCGCCCGAGCAGCCCGAACCGGCCCAGCAGCCGCCGCCGCAGACCCCGCAGGUUCCCCAGCCGCCCAACUUUCCCCAAGGAAUCCUGCCCCCUUUUCCUCCGGGGAUGUUUCCCUUCUGGCCGCCGGUGGGUCCCUUCCCUCCGGUCCCCGGGGUGCAGCCGGCCAACGGCGCCGAAAACGCCGGAGCCGCCUCGAGCGCGGCUUCAGCCGGCGCCGCGAGGGCCGGGGACGCCGCGGCGACGUCGGAAGCCGCUCCGGCGGGAACGGUGCCCGGGCUUCCCUUCCCGCCGCCCUGGAUGGGAAUGCCGUGGCCGCCGCUGUUCGGUUUUCCUCCCAUGCCGGUGCCGCCGGCCGGCUUCGCGGGGCUGACGGAGGAGGAGCUGCGGGCCAUGGAGGGCCACGACCGGCAGAACCUGGAAGCCAGGCUGCAGUGUCUGCAGAACAUCCACACGCUCCUGGACGCCGCCAUGCUGCAGAUCAACCAGUACCUGACGGUCCUGGCGACCAUCGGGUCUCCUCGCCCCGCUCCGCCCCAACCCCCUGCCGCCGCCUCCUCCUCCUCGAGCCGGGACGCCCCGGCCGCGGAGCCGACCCCGCUCCGCGCGCCGGACGCCGCCUCGGCGCCUGCUGCCGCCGCCGCCCCAGAGCCCGACUCGACGGCUUCCAACGCCCCCGUGGCCGAACCGCUGCCCCCGGCGCCCGCCGAGACGGGGGGAGACGCCGACCCCGACCUGCCGCCGCUGCCGCCGUCGUCGCCGCCGCCGCCGCUGCCGCCGCCGCGGGGCUGCAACGGGGCGACGUCCCCCGGCCCCGAGGACGAGCCGCCGGCCGCCCCCGAGGACGAGCCGCCGGCCCCCCGGGAGCACGAGCCGCCGCCGCCGCUGCCCCCCGCCGAGCCCGCCCCCUCCGACCCGCCCGACUUCGAGCGCUUCUGGCGGGCGGCUCGCGACAACCCCCACGACUUCACCGCCUGGACCGAGCUCCUGCAGUACGUGGAGCAGGAGAACCACAUCUUCGCCGCCCGCAAGGCUUUCGACGCCUUCUUCGCCCACUACCCCUACUGCUACGGCUACUGGAAGAAGUACGCGGACAUGGAGCGCCGCUUCGACUUCGCCAAGGAGACCGAGGAGAUCCAGGCGCCCGAGGCGUUUCGGGGCGUUACGUGCCGUUUGCCGUCCCCGCUCUCCGCCGUGGGAGAUGGACAGCCCGAGGCGUUUGGGGGCGUUUUGCGCCAUUCCUGGCCUUGCUUUGUGAGGGAGCGAGGUGUUCGAGCGCGGGCUGCAGUCCAUCCCCCUCAGCAUGGACCUGUGGAUCCACUACGUCUCCUACCUCCAGUCCACCCUGGACAUGAACCUCCCCGAGUCCAUCCAGAAGAUCCGCGGCGUUUUCGAGUCGGCUGUGGCGGCUGCCGGCAUGGAUUUCCGCUCCGACAAGCUCUGGGAGCUCUACGUGGAGUGGGAGCGGGAGCAGGGCGACCUCCGGGCCAUCACCGGCAUCUACGACCGGGUGCUCUCCAUGCCCACCCAGCUCUACAACCACCACUGGGAAAAGUUCAAGGAACACGUGAUGCAGAACCCCCCCAAGGACAUCCUCUCCCCCGAAGAACUGCUCUGGGUCCAAUCCAAGCUGGCUACCGAAACGGUGCCGAAACCGCCGGAGCCGGAAGAGGCGGAGGCUCCGCCGGGAGAGGACCUGCCUCCCGGCGUGGAGACGAAGCCGGACGGCGGCGACGACGCCGAGGAGGAUUUAGACCAGAAGAUCCGCGAGCUGGUGAUCUCCAUGCGGCAGCAGAUUUACACCCAGAACGAGGCGGAAGUCAGCAAACGCUGGAAUUUCGAGGAAGGGAUCAAGAGGCCGUACUUCCACGUGAAGCCGCUGGAACGAGCCCAGCUCAAAAACUGGCGCGACUACCUGGACUACGAGAUGGCCGCCGGGUCGCACGAGCGCACCAUCGUCCUCUUCGAGCGCUGCGUCAUCGCCUGCGCCCUCUACGAGGAGUUUUGGGUCAAGAGGGUGCAGGAAAUUCAGAAGAGAGGUGUGUUAACCCCCUUUUUAACUACACCAGGUACCUGGAGAACCACACCGUGGCGGGGGCUAGGAGCGUCUUCCAGCGAGCCUGCGGCUACCACCUGCCUCGGAAGCCCAAUAUCCACCUCCUGUGGGCGGCUUUCGAGGAGAAGCAAGGGAACCUGGAGGAAGCGCGCCGCAUCCUGCGCUGCUUCGAGGAGGUGGUGCCGGGCCUGGCCAUGGUGCGGCUGCGCCGCGUGAGCCUCGAGCGGCGGCAGGGCAACCUGGAGGAGGCCGAGGCGCUGCUGCAGGAGGCCAUGCUCGCCAACGAGGGGCUGCCCCUCGCCUCCUUCUACGCCAUCAAGCUCGCCCGCCAGGUCUUCAAGGUGCAGAAGAACCUCAUCAAAGCCCGCAAGGUCCUGGUGGAAGCGCUGGAGAAAGACCCGGAGAACGCCCGGCUCUACGCCAACCUCCUGGAGAUGGAGUUCAGCGCCGACGUGCGGCAGAACGAGGGCAACACCAUGAGCUGCUUCGAGCGGGCGCUGAGCAGCGGGCUGCCCGACGAGACCAAGAUCGUCUUCUCGCAGCGCCGCGUCGAGUUCCUCGAGGAUUUCGGCUCCAGCAUCCACAGCCUCCUGACGGCUUACGACGAGCACCAGAAAUUCCUCAAGCACCACGCCACGCGCAAGAGGGCCCUGGAAAACGGCGGCGACGAGCCCGACGACAAGCGGCUGCGGCCCGACGACGCCGGCGGCCUCCUGGGCCCCAUGAGCCUCGCCAUGGGGGGGGACAUGAACAACCCGGCGGCUUAUAACUACUGGUACCAGCAAAACUACGGCGCUUACAGCUACCAGACGCCGUGGAAUUACAGCCAGUACUACUCGCAGAGCUGAGCGCCGCCGGCUUCGACCCCGCCUCGGCCCCGGAGAAAGAUUUAUUGGGGUUUUUUUUUUUUUUUUUUUGUUUGUUUGUUUGUUUUCCUCCCCCCUCACCCUCCCGCCACCCGCCUCCUCGUUAUUUUUUUUUUUUUCCGUGUUUUUUAUUUUAUUUUAUUUUGUAAACUGUUUCUGUACAUUUAUUUUUUUUUUCCUGUGGUGUCGUGUAAAUAAAACAGGGACGCGGCUGGGAAAAAAAUAAUAAUAAGCGUGUCCCCGGCGGCGGCUUUUAACUCCUUUAAAAGCCUUUCUGCAGCAGCCACGCUCUCACCUCGCCGUCGAAGUGGCCCUUGAUGCGGAGGGUGCCGGUGAGUUCGUUGACUUGCGUGAGGGGCUGGCGCCCGGCGAGCGGGGCCAGGAAGGCCUUGAGCUCCCCCUCCAGCGCCUGGCGAAAGGAGCCGUCAGAAAACCCCCCCCCCUUUUUUUUUUCCCCCCCCCCCCCCGCCCUCUUUUUUAUUAUUAUUUAUUAUUUUCCCCGCCGCCGCUUACCCAGAUAUCCCCCUCGAUUUUCCGGAUCACCGUCAUCUUGCGGUUGCCCUUGGUGAGCUGGCGGUAGACGGGGACGUUGUGCAUGCGGGAGCGGCGCACGAAGUAGGGCAGGGCGGGCGGCGGGUCUGGCCGGGCCCGCGGGGAGAGGGGGAAAAAAAGAAAAAAACACCAAAAACAACCAAAAAAAGCUUCAGAGGGGGCACGAAGCGGCCGCCGGGGGGGGUGAAUAACCCCCAUCGCGGUGCUGCUCCCCCCUCCCGGGGGGUAUUUGGGGGGGUUUCGACCCCGUUUUUACCUGAGGCAGCAGAGUGUUUAUUCUUUUUUUUUUUCUUUUUUACCCCUUUUUUUUGCUUUCCAGCGGAGUCCCGCGCGAAAAAAAAUAACGGGUGUUUACCCGUUUU